GUUGACAGGAGGAAGCUAUUAUCAACCAUUAUCAACAUUGUCUUCUCCUUGGUAUCCUAUGAAUCUACAAGCCUACCCUUAUUCCCUAACAAUAAUUUCUCUCCCAAUUUUCUUGCAAUUUCAAAUUUCAAAGAAAUUUCCAACUUCUUCUAGCUCCUACUACACCUAUAAUAUAAAGUCCUGUUCACUCAGCUAUUCCAGAAGUUGUUGCUUGUAGAAUAUCUCUUAGUUUCAGCCUAGAUUCCAAUCCAUUAUGGGCCUCUCCCAGUAUCCAACUCCAGCAGAUGCAGGAGUGCUCUGCGUUAUUCUAGUGAACACAGCCAUAUCCAUCUCCAUUGUCAAGGAGAUGGUCCGAUCGAUCCUUCAUGUGAUUGGCAUCCACAUUUCAUCAUGGGAUGAUUAUUCCAUCGAAGGCUCCUUGGACUCGUUUGAAUGCCGAAGAAGCCCAUCAGAGUCAUAUAUGGAGGAAUUCAGAAGCCAUACCCCUGCAAUUCGUUAUGAUUCAAUCUGCAUCUCUAACCAUGCUGAGAAAGAGUGCUCAGUCUGCCUGACGGAUUUUGAGCCUGAUGCAGAGAUAAACCAUCUCUCGUGUGGCCAUGUUUUCCACAAGCUUUGUCUAGAGAAGUGGCUCAAGUACUGGAAUGUAACUUGUCCACUUUGCAGGAAUUACAUGAUGUCUCAAGAAGGCGAAGAAGAUACUUGUCCUAUGUGAGCUCUAGAAGCUUAAUGAGGCUAUAACACUACUAUAUACAUCUUGAGGAUGUUCUGGUGUACAGCUUAGUAGUGUACAGGCUGAGUACAUGCAAUGGUUGAUCUUUGACAUUGGGUAGUUCUGUAGCUUUUCAUAUUUGUAAUGCUUGGCGUCCUCUCGGAGUGACGGGUCUCUUUACUGUGACCAAGAAUUCAUACAUUCUCGUACAUAAUAUAUGGAAGAUUUUGUUAUGAUUUUUUCCAUCUU